AUGGCCGACGUACCGCUACCCUCUGUGGAAGGUCCCUCCUCGGCGGACAUGUUGACCGAACCCCCGAUUGCGUUUGAAGCCCGUCGGGGCGACUCUGCAGCACCUCGAGUUACUGUGACCUCGGCUCCGUCCCCGAGUGUGCCUUCCACUCCGAGUACAUCGGACUCUGAGGACGAGUACGACCAUGUUGGCCAAGAUAGGCGGCCUUCGCCGGCUGAACAGUUGAGUCGAGACAUGCAACAGGUGCACCUAUCUAGCCCGGAUCAACUGGAUAUGAACAGUGUCACUGCCGCUAUUAACAACAUCACGGCGGAGCAGUCGAGCACGAGGCCUCCGUUGCAAGUUGAAGCGCCUACCAACGGAAGCGGGGACCGCACAUCGCGCCGGAGCUCUCGCGGACGACGCUCGAGCUCCCGCCCUCUGGCGGUCCGCCACCAAGUAACAGACGAGGAGCCACCGCAAGACGCCUUCAACGAGACAGGCUUUCAGGAUGCAUUUCGCAAUACGAAAGGGCUCAUGGCCGACAUCGUGGUGGCAUUGGAAAGCGGUUCCCUGCAUAAUGACACUGGUUCUAUAAUGCAUCGCUUGCGCAAUGAGGCGCAAGACUUGGCCUCCUUUAAUUGUCCUUCUACGAGGACAGUAGCAUUUGUGGGAGGCACUGGCGCCGGCAAAAGCAGUCUGCUCAACUCGCUGCUUGACUUUAAAGACCUCGCGCGAGCGAGUACCUCGGGUGCGGCUUGCACCUGCGUGGCGACGGAAUACCGGUAUCACCAGUCUCCAACCCUCACUGUCCAAGUGGACUUGUUCAGCGUGGACGAGCUCACGGAACAGCUGAGCAACAUGCUUCAUGCCUACCGACAAUUCCAUUUUUUACAACAAGCCAUAGACAGCGGCGAAAUGAGCAACACGGAUCCCGAGGCGAGAGACCAGCUUCAGGCCGAUGCACAAUUGGCGUUGGAUACCUUUCGGGCUUUAUUCCGUGGACGUCUCCAAGAUGAGACUUUUCUACUCAGCGACCUGGAGACUAGCGUUCUCAAUAACUUGAAGAGUUGGACAGUAACUCUGCUCCGGUCAGAGCCAACGGCCCCUAGACCCGGGCUUACAGUGGAGAGUUGCUCGGCUCUGCUAGCAAGCCUUUCGUCAGAGCGGCCAUCUUCCAACGAACCCUCCAUCUGGCCAUGCAUCCGUAGUAUCAAGGUCUUUCUCAAUGCCCACAUACUAAGUAAAGGCCUCGUUUUGGUCGACCUACCAGGACUCCGCGAUACAAACGCAGCUCGCAGAAAUGUCACGGAGCGAUUCCUUCGCCAAUGCAAUGAGAUAUUUGUCACGUGCAACAUUGACAGGGCUACUACUGACCAAGGAGUCCGAGAUGUCUUUGACCUUGCCCGGCCCGCUGGUCUCUCUCGAGUCGGCAUUAUCUGCACCAAAUCGGACGUCAUUGAGCCGACAGAAGCGGUUCGAGACUAUAGGGGCGAACGAGCGCAGGCAAUCCGACGCCGGAUGACAAAUCUCGAUAUCGAGACUAGAGAUUGCAGUCGCAUAGACGAGGAUAUUGAAGAAUUAGCGUCCGCGCCUACUCUCUCGAUCGAUGAGCAGGACGAGCUCAACCAAUUGAGCCGCGAAAAGUUCCAAGCCGCGAAACGCAGGGAGGAAGCCGAGUUUGAGCUGAAAAAGUACAUCAUCGACGUCCGCAACAAAGAUGUCACACAAGCGUUGAUUGACGUGUAUCUCUCCUCCGCGCCUACCGGCGAAGUCGCAGUCUUCUGCGUCAGCAACAAACUCUACUGGGACAGCCGCGACAAGCCGAGCAACGAUGCUCUGCCUUACCUUCACCUUAGUAGCAUUAUGGCUGUGCGGCGUCAUUGCAUUGCCAUCGUGUCCACGAGCCAGCAUGCUGCCGCGACGCACUACAUGAAGCACAAGGUGCCGGCGCUCCUUGCUGAGAUUCAGCUGUGGGUUCAAUCGACGGCCGAAAACGCUGGUUCAGAGAUGGGACAUGAGCUUCGCGACGCUCUGGACACGAUUGAAGGUUGGUUGACAGGAGAUCUGAUGUCACGCAGGUCCGCCGCCCAAACUGUGGGAAGGGCUGCGAAGCGAUGCUUUGACGAGGAGCUUUAUACCCCGCGCAAUACGCUGCAUUGGAGCCGGGCAGCUCAGAACGCCGGAUUGAAGUGGGAGCAGUGGUACCACCCAACUUACUCCGCUUUCUGCCGAAACUAUGGCAUACACCGUACCGAGGCCGCAGGGCGAUGCAACUGGAACGAAGAAAUCAUCGCCGGCAUGGUUCAAUGUGUCAGCGAGCCCUGGGACGCUGUGCGCAGAACGGUGAGGGCCCAGCAUGGGGCUGUUGUCCGUCUCAUCGAGCAGCUGCUUGAUAGGAUCAUCUCGCACUUGGAGGUACAAUCUGAUGCUAUCGGGGACGUAGUGCUCCCGUUUAUUCAGGCGCUUGAGAAUCAUCUGGACAUGGCGAUGAGCAGCGUUGAGGAGGCCUACAUGGACCUGGAGGAAAAGCUGAGCUCGCUGCAAACAGAUGCCUUGUCUGGCAUCAGGACAUCUUUCAUCGGAAGAGCCAUGGAAGGCUCUUAUCGAGAAUGUAACUUUGAGGGCGGACGAGGAAGUGACUCUCGCCGAAAGGCCAUCAUACGGCGACGGCUGGCCCAGGAGAGGCUCUUUACGGAGACGAUGAGCCAGUGGCGGCGAGACUUCCGCGAGCUUGCCGACGAGAUGCAAGAAAACAUGACGUCUAUCAUCGAAUCCCGCAUUACGCGGAUCCAAGAAACGCUAGAUAUUGUGCGUCAGUACGACGCCGAGGUCGAGGGGGACGGGGAUGCGGCGUUUCGAGAUCGAGUCGAUGAGGCUUUGACGCGGGCCCAGGCUGCGCAUCGGGGGACUCUGAGGGUUUUGUCGUGA